AUGUCCAAGCGAGGCCUCAGCCGCGAGGAGAAGAAGACCAAGAGUGGGUAUCACUCCCGUGCCGAGUUCUACACCCUCAAGGAGCUCGAGAAGAUUGCGCCGAUCCAACAGACAGUCAAGGAGAUCCUCGACGAGCUCGUCUCUGACAACCUCGUCAUCUUCGACAAGAUCGGCACUAGCAACUACUACUGGUCCUUCCCCAGCGCGGCUGGCGCAGCCAAACAAGCGCAGCUCGACAAGGCUGCCGUCGAGUCCGAGGCGCUCAAGACCAAGAUCAAGGAGACCAAAGGUGCGCUCAAGGCCGCCGAGAAGGGGCGCGAGGACACUCCGGAACGCCGCAAGCUCCUCGCCUCGCUCGCAGAAGUGCAGGCCACCUCGGCCUCGCUCAAGGUCGAGCUCGCUGCGUUCGGCGCCGCCGACCCCAUCAUGUACGAGCGCAAGAAGAAGGCCAUCGAGGUAGCUAAGGCUGCCUCGGUGCGCUGGACUGACAAUGUGUCGCUCAUCGUGUCCUACCUCCGCUUGGCCAGCGGCGAGAGCGAGUCUGACCUUCGUGCUCAGCUCGGUGUUCCCGACAACUGGGACGACCUCGACAUCAGCAAGUGA